AUGUCAAUUCAACCGCUCAUCACCUUCAAGGCAGGCCAGUGCGAGCUCACUCGCGGAGAAGGCAUCCAGCAGACAGUCAAGCCGGUGCCGACACCUGGCUACGUCUAUCUGUACCAGGGCGAAGAUGAAUUCGUGCACUUUUGCUGGAGACCCCGUGACAGGCCUCUUGACCAGUCUGAGCUCGACCUCAUCAUGAUUCCCGGCGACGGCUCCUUCCAACCUUACACUGGCAAAGACUCCGCCGAAGACUCGGACCACGUCAAUUCGCCCACCGACGGUCGCAUAUUCGUCCUCAAGUUCAGCUCAAGCUCACAGCGAUACCUCUUUUGGUUACAAUCAAAGUCGCAGCACCCGCGUGGCGCAAGCUGGUUCAGCGAACGCGACCUCAAGAUCGGACAGGUUGUUGACCUCCUCCUUACAGGCGAAGAGAUUGACGUUCAGGCUGAGCUUGCCGGUAUUUCCAACUCUUCUGGCGGCAACGACGAGGAUGAGACCAUGGAGGACAUUGACCAUUCGUCUAGCCGGAACCGCCAUGGUAGCACGGGGGGUGCAGGAGCUGACGCUACAGGAGGUGAUGUUCGAGAAGAAGGCGAAGAGUCUAGAGAGGGAGGUGCUGAUGGAGGUCGAGCAGCCGGAUCAGGCGAUGUCUCGGCCAUUGUCGCCGAUUUCAUGAACUCGCUCAAGGGCGGCAACGCCGGUAGCAGCUCGCAGCAACAGCGAUCUGCCCCUUUCGCACCUCUCCUCGACUUCCUGUGGCCCUCGCACACCCUUCCUACUGUACAGGACGCAUCCGAUGACGUCAUCGACGCUCUCUGCGCACAGCUCCCCACGACGCCCUUUCUACUAGAAGCGGAAGUCGAGGACGUUGACCAGAUUGACCCCAACUCCGAGACUGCCCAAAUGGCCAUGCAAACACUGAGCCGAGAGGAGAAGGUCGAGGUCCUAGGCAGGAUUCUACGGGCGCCGCAGCUUAGGGCGGCUCUAGGCAGUCUGACUGAGGCUCUCAGGACUGGCGCAUUGCCGACUGUUAGUCAAGCACUGAAAAUUGACGUUGAGAAUGGCGGAUAUAUGAGAGGUGCAGGGAUGCCGCUUGGUGGUGACGAUGCAAUCAGGGUAUUUUUGGAGGGCGUCAAGAAGACCGUCGAGAAGGACAAGAAGGGCGGUGAUGAGAUGGACACAAGCUAGAUUUCACCUCGUAAGUAGGGUGUUGGAUACGCUUCGGAACUGGAUUACGGCCGAUACGACUGAUGGUACAUGCUUAAACGAUCACGAAUAUGGAUACUGCAUAGCGAGGGUAGGGGGAUAGACUGUCUCUUUCAUUUUUGUCUUCUUCAAUCCUAUACCUGCAUCCUUGCAGAGGUAUUCUGAAGUUACGGUCAACCCUGUCCAGUCCAAACCCGAAUCAAUCAGUCUCGGUCUUUGCCUGC